AUGAAUAAACAUAAGAAUAGUGUGAUUAAUAAAAAUUUGUUGAAAAAUAAAAGCUAUGUCAGGAAAAAAAAGAAAUAUUUUACUGAUCAAAAAUUUCUCAGAAAAUUUAAAAAGAGCAGACAACCCAAUGAAGAUACUGUAAAAGUUGAAAAAAUAGACCCCAUUAAAAAUUUUUUUUUCACACCUAAUCAUAUUACACAAGAAGAAGGGAAAGAUAAAAAUGAGGAAAAGAUAAUUAAUUCAUAUGAAAAAAAAAAGAAAAAAAAUUAUAAGGAUUACAAAAAAGUGGGACAUGAUCAAUUGAAUGGUGGUAAUAUAAGUGGUGAUAAUAUAAGGGGUGACAAUAUAAAUGAUGAUAAUAUAAAUGAUGAUAAUAUAAGUGGUGAUAAUAUAAAUGAUGAUAAUAUAAGUGGUGAUAAUAUAAAUGAUGAUAAUAUAAAUGAUGAUAAUAUAAAUGAUGAUAAUAUAAACGAUAAUAACAUUUAUAAUGAAAAAAGAGAAAACAAAAAACAAAUGAUAGGUUUUAAUAAUACCGAAAAGAAAAAAAAAAAAUCAGUGUAUUCUAAAGAAAUAAAAUAUUCCAAACUUAAGGAAAGCGAAAAAGAAUCUUAUAUGAAACAAAAACAAAUUAUGAUUGAAGAAAAUGAAAAAGAAAGACAGAAAAAAAAAUUGUUACGUCUUGAAAAGUUUAAAAAAUUAACUAAAAAGACGAAAAAAGGACAACCAGUUAUGAAGAAUAUCAUAAAUCAUUUGAUGAAAAAAAUCUAG